AAAUCUUCUCUGUAAUGAUGGCUUAUUGUGAUAAGGGUUUGGAUUUUUUAGACAUGCUUUAAUGUUAGAGUCCUCAGUUUGAAGCAAACUGUUCGGGUUGCAAUUCGGCGUAACAAAAAUACAUUUUUUUAUUUUUAGUUACUUUCUGAACGGUAAUUUAUUAUUCCAGCAUCCAAUGAAUGAUAAUUCAGUCUGCUAUUGCACGAUGAAGGUAGUCCAUCGAUCCAUCUUAAAUUUUUCGAAAUACUGUAUGAUCUCCGUCGGAAUAUGGCGAUUACCGUUACCUACCAAUAUCAACGUCAUCCGCAAAACUUACGCAAUAUACUCCAUCUUCGUCACGAUCUACAUCCCGCUGUUCCUGACGUCGAUGUGUAUCCAUUUCAUCCUCGCCCUGGUGUCUCAGAACGAAACCCUUGAAGAUCUCAUGAAAGAGUUUUCCUACAUUAUCAUUACCCUAAUGACAGAGACGGCCGCCGUUAUCUGUCAAAGAAACAACUUUAAAGGAAUCAUAGCCUACGUACUGAAUGAGGAAAACAACAUUUUAAAUUCCGGAGAAGACGAAACGUUGCACCACCACACGCAGCAGCAGAAAUUCUGUUACAACGUCAAUUUGACAAUAUUCGUGUUCCCGAUUUGUACAGCAGCCUCCAUAGUUAUUGAAAACGCUAGUGUCAGGUCCCAAAUAGGACAGUACAACAGGGAACACAACGACACUUUGGACAGACCUUUCCCGUUCGAGUUGUACCUCUACAAGUUUGACAAGAACAAGCACCAAGCGGCGAUGUUGUUGGUGGAAUAUGUUUCGCAUUGGAUGAUCAUUUUCAGGAUAAUAUCUACGAAAAACAUCGUCGUCUCUUGCGUUAUCUUUACGCCGUCCAUCUUGAAACGGUUGCAGGUCAGGUUUAAGCGAAUGUCGAUGGAAGAAGGAGGCACUUUUGAAAGUUUAAAGGAUCUGAUUUCGCAACAUCAGAACGUUAUAAGGUAUGUGAGCGACCUGAACCACUCGAUAAAAUACGUGAUUUUCAUGGAAUACCUUUUGAAUUCGCUGAACGUAGCGGCUGUCUCAGUUCAGUUCAUUUCGGACAAGUUCGCAAUAUCACCACUGUUUUACUUCGCCUACCUGUUUAUUCAAACGUUCGUUUUGGGAUGGAGCGCGAACGAAGUAAAGGUCCAGAGUGAAGCGCUUGGCGAUGCAUUGUAUGAGAGUCUGUGGUACGAACAAAACGAUAGAGUGAAAAGAAUGAUACUCUACAUGAUAGUUCGAUCCCAGAAGCCUCUGGCUUUGACCAUCGGGCCAUUUGACGCUAUGACCACAGCGUCUGCAGUCAGGAUCAUGAAAGCUUCGUACUCCUACGUUUCACUGAUGGUGAACUGAUGGACCGAUCAAUCACCAAAAAGGCUAAGAAACACAAAAUAUUUAAAUCUCUGUAUUGUCAAUUAUCAAAAUAAAGAAUACCCCACACAAUAAUGGAAAAUGAGUCACGAUCAAUCUGCCUGAUAAUUUAGCUAGGUUGUAAUUUUCUGGACCCAAAGGAACCCUGUGACUAUAGUCUGGGCUAUACAGUUUG